AUGACGCAGAUCGGCAUCUUCCCCGCAUCCGGGGCGCUCGGGACAAGCACUUAUUCCCACCUCUUAUCAAUCUUUCCAAAUAAUCGGGUCACCCUGAUCAGUCGAUUCCCUGAAAAAGUGCCUCAAAGUUACAUUGACAAUGGCGUUACUACUCGUCAAGCUUCAUACGAGUCGAGCGCCGAGGACCUUGAGUCUGCUUUUGGCGGACUUGAUUUGCUAUUUCUGAUUUCGUAUCCGAGCCACGUUCACCAGUACAGGACCAAGGUCCAAACCAAAGCAAUUGAUGCCGCUCAUAGAGCUGGGGUCAAGCACAUAUUCUACUCGUCCCUUGGCUUUGCAUCCUUGGGUAAGGAAACCACGAAAGCAGAGGUCAUGGGAGCACAUCUCGACAGCGAGGCUCAUCUCAGGAAACUCGCCCACAAAGACUCUCGAUUCUCGUGGACGAGUAUCCGCGAAGGACUCUACAGCGAAUCAUUCCCGAUCUACACUGCUUUCUUCGACAUAAAGAACCCUUCUAGUGAGAUUCUCAUUCCUCACGACGGAACGGGGCCUGGCAUAAGCUGGGUGAAGCGAGAUGAAUUGGGGGAGGCAACUGCGCGACUCAUUGCCUCGUAUGUUGAGUCGCCGUCGGAAUUCAAGUACAUAAACCAAAUCGUCACUCUCACGGGACCGCGGCCAUGGUCACUGGCUGAAACCGUCCAGGUUUUGUCGAAGGCUUUGAAUAAAAGCGUUCGGAUUAGACAAGUCAGCGUGGAUGAGUAUGCCGCGCAGACUCAGGUGGUUGGGAGAUUUGGGUCAAAGGAACUCGCCACAACCUGGGCUACGGCAUGGGAGGCUAUCAGAGCCGGAGAGACAGAGGCGGUAACAGAGACGUUGGGGCAGCUCUUGGGAAGGGAGCCUGAAGCUUAUGAGAAGACAAUCGAGGAUUUGGUAAAGGCCAACUAG